AUGAUGUCCCUCAUCGCCGCCCGCGCUCCGUCACUCAUCCUCUGGACCUCCCUCGAGACCGGGCUCGCCGUCUUCGUCUAUUCCCAGUGGCAGAAGCCCAGCAUUGUUACGGGCCCUCUUCCCUCCGCCAUCCCCAAAGGCUAUUUCGGCCGCAGCCGGUUCGGCGACCACCCCCACCAACCCAUCCACAUCGCCGAGACCACCCAGCUCCGCGAGGCCCACUCGGCGCGCUGA